AUGAAAUUCUCUACUAUUGCUGCUGUUCUCGCUUCCGCUGGUGCCGCUAUGGCUCAUGCAAAGGUCCGCGCUGUAUUUGUCAACGGCGUCGACCAGGGUAAUGGCGAGAAUUCCUACAUUCGCUCGCCUCCGAACAACAGCCCUGUCAAGGAUCUUUCAUCUAACGAUAUCAUUUGCAAUGUGAACAACGCCGCCGUCCCAAAGACUCUCGAAGUCACUGCCGGUGACCAGAUCACUUUCGAAUGGUCCCAUGAUAACCGGAACGACGAUAUCAUUGAUGCUAGCCACAAGGGACCUGCCUUGGUCUACGUUGCUCCUACCUCGUCCAACGGUCAAGGAAACGUCUGGGUCAAGCUCUACCAGGAGGUCUACCCCAACAACCAAUGGGCUACCGACAAGCUCAUCGCUAACAAGGGUCACAUCACCAUUACCGUGCCCGACUUGGAGGCUGGAGAGUACCUGUUCCGUCCUGAGCUUGUGACGCUUCACGAAGCAGACACUGCGUUCAACGUGAACUCUGCGCGUGGUGUGCAGCUGUACAUGGAGUGCAUUCAGUUCAAGGUGACGUCGAGCGGAUCUGUGAAGCUGCCUGCUGGGAUCGACCUGAAGAAGUCGUACACGUACUCGGACAAGGGCCUUGUGUACAAUCUUUACAACGAAGACCCUAAGACCUACGUCGCUCCAGGUGGGGCUGUGUCGUCGAUUGCUGUCGCUGGCCAGCUCGGCAUCGGCCCUGUUCCCGCUGCUGGCAGCAAGCCCAGCUCGACUGCUGCUGCACCUAGCUCAACUGUUGCCCCUGCCACCUCGGCUGCUCCUACUACUGAGGCUUCCUCUGCUCCUACAACCACUGAAGCUGCACCCGAACCUACUUCUGAGCCCGCGACCACCGCUGCUCCGGUAACGAGCACCCGCGCUCCCCUUCCCACCAGCAAGAUGACUACCGUCACUGUUCGUAGCAGCACCGUUGUUCCUAGCGCCACUGCUCCCGUCGAGACCCCUUCCGCUUCUUCCUGCCCUCCUGCUCCUGCUGAGGGAAACAGCGGCGCUCCAGUCGCCAAGUACUACCGCUGUGGUGGUAUCGGCCACACUGGCUCGACUACAUGCGAGACUGGCUCUACCUGCACUGUCCAAAACCCUUACUACUCCCAGUGUCUCUAA